AUGGUUCUAAUGUUUUGCAAGUUAGGAAUUGAUACAACUAAAAUUAUGCAGAUAAUGAAAGCUUGUAAUUAUUUGUUUUUAGGGACUUUUAUGGGCAUAGUCACUGCUUUUUUGUACUUAUAUAGCACCUUUUUGUGGCACUAUACAUUUUUUUUCUGCUGCAGAGUGUUUUAUUUCAUUUAUUACAGAAAGAACCAGAUCCUUCCGUGGCUAAGAAUGUUGAAAGUGUUACUGACGAAAAAACUGAAUGUGCAGUACCUCCUAACUCAAAUCCUGCCGCAGGAGAUGAUUCGCCGCCGGAAAAAGGUGAAAAAAUUAAUGAGUUUGAGACAGGUAGCGUUUUUGGUUGCUACUCUUGUUGUUUCACGUUCUGGUUUCACUAAUUGUAUUUAUUGUAAUAUGCUUAUUUUUUUUUUUAUUUUGGAGCCUAAACAAGAAAAAGAAGAAAGGAGGCGAGAAAAGUCAUCUCAUACCAAAGUUCACUCGCAGACACCAUAUGGUUUGCCUUGUGCAAGGGAACUGUUCAGGUUUUUAAUUGGUUUAGCCAAUCCUCUGGAUCGGGCUAAUACUGAAUCAAUGGUUUUAAUGGGGCUAAAUUUGCUUACCGUGGCGUUAGAAGCCGGAGCGGACCAUAUUCGUAACUAUACGCUUCUCAUGGCACUUGUAAAGAAUGAGUUGUGUCGCUCUUUGAUACAGCUCCUCGACACAGAAAAGCUGCCUAUUUUUGCGGCUACGAAUCGGGUGUUUUUCCUUCUUUUUGAAUCCCUUCGAACCGACCUGAAGUUUCAGAUGGAAGCUUAUUUCAGUAAAUUGAAGUCUAUCGUUUCCAGUGAGCGGAGCCGUGUAAGUUAUGAACAAGUAGAGAUGGCUUUAGAAAGCAUAGUUCAGUUAUGGCGUGUUCCUGGCUUGGUCACAGAACUGUACCUCAAUUAUGACUGUGAUUUGUAUUGCUCAAAUCUUUUUGAAGAUCUUACGAAACUGCUGCUGGAGAACGCAUUUCCGGUAACAGGUCUUCAUUCAACUCAUAUUUUGUCCUUAGAUGCACUGCUGACUGUUAUCGACACCAUUGACGUCAACUGCGUGUAUAGGCAAGCUGGCGGUCUUCAAAAACCUAUAGCACAUAGUUCAUCUUCAAACCAACUUCGCCUUCCUGCAAUUAGCGGUUACACCUGUUUAGCUGCUCUUGAGAAUUCUGCUUUAAUGGAGAUGUUAUUGCCGUCCGCAGCUGUAAGAGCCAACAGAAUGGCUCCAUCGCCAAAUCUUCCAUCUUUAACUGAGGUUAUUGAAAGAAAGAAGCAAAAAAGGAUACUUAGUGAGGGAACAGAACUGUUUAAUCAGGAUCCUAAAAAAGGUGUGCAGUAUUUAAUGGAGAAGGGAAUUCUGAAGACGCCACUGGACCCGGAUGAUGUCGUAAUUUGGUUAAGAGAGAACCCUCAGUUGGAUAAGAAGCGUAUUGCAGACUAUAUUUGCAACCGGAAAAAUUUGGCUGUUUUGGAUGCUUUUGUUCGUUCUUUUCCGUUUGAAAAUACAAGGCUAGACGAAGCUCUGCGUAUGUUUUUGGAGACAUUCCGGUUACCUGGUGAAGCUGCUGAAAUAUCCAUGGUCAUGCAACAUUUCUCAGAUCACUGGUACAAAGCGAACAGUGAACCUUUUAACCACGCUGAUGCUGCAUUCACCCUUUCGUAUGCCGUCAUUAUGUUGAACACAGAUCAGCAUAAUCCUCAGGUUAGACGUAAUCAGGCCCCGAUGCAAGUUGAAUGUUUCAAGCGGAAUUUGUCUGGAACUAAUGGAGGACAAGAUUUUGAUCCGGAGAUGUUGGAACAAAUGUAUAACUCCAUCAGAAGCGAAGAGAUUGUGAUGCCAGCGGAGCAAACAGGUCUUGUUAAAGAAAACUAUUUGUGGAAGGUUUUGUUACGCAGAGGCGAGAAAAAAGAAGGGGAAUUUGUUCAUGCUCCUGCGGGUUGGAAUGAUUACGAUUUGUUUGGCAUAAUUUGGGGUCCAGCCACCGCUGCGCUUUCUUUCGUCUUUGAUAAAACAGAACAAGAUUCUAUUUUGCAGAAAUCUCUAAAUGGAUAUCGAAAAUGUGCGUCGAUUGCUGCGCAUUAUGGGAUGAGUGAUGUUUUCGACAAUUUAAUUAUACAUCUUUGCAAAUUCUCAACAUUAAUGACGUCAGUAGAAGGAGGCGAAGAACAAAAUUUGGAAAUGCAGCGUUCUGGUAUGUUGGUAGAGGUUUCUCAGCAAUCAGCAGAACAAGCUGCGGUUGGUUUUGCUGAAAAUCCUAAGGCACAGAUGGCAGCGAAGGCAAUGUUUCAAUUGGUCCAUAGUCAUGGAGAUAUUUUAAGAGAGGGAUGGAAAAAUGUUCUUGACUGUAUACUAUACUUGUUCCGAGCACGACUUCUUCCGCCAUCGUUAACAGAGGUGGAAGACUUUGUUGAUCCUAAAGGUUGGGUUAGCAUUCUGCGGAAAUCUGUCCCUCGUAACGAUUCCGGUUUGCUAAGCUGGUUUGGGCUUGGUGGUUCUGGUUACGAAGCAAAAGAUGCAAAGUCCUUAUCUGAUCAGCAGCAGCUUAUUAAGACUGCUGAAAACGUUGUUGCGGAAUGUCACCCAGAACAGUUGAUAAUGGAUGGAAAGUAUUUGACGUCUUCUGCUUUAACAGAACUAAUUGCGGCUUUGCUGCAAGCUUCUUCAACUAUUGCUGCAGUACCUGAUGUCAUUACUGGACACCCAUCUAAAAAACUGAACGAACAGAGUGAGGAUGGACUAAUUUUAUAUUUGGAGCUAGCGGUAAACAUAGCUCAAGAAAAUAAAGAUAGGCUGUCGCAAAUCUGGCCGUCUGUAAAACGUCAUCUACAGUGGCUUUUAACCAGUUUUGGAAAAAAUCCACAUGUAGUUGAAAGAGCAGUUGUGGGAUUGCUAAGGAUCGCAAAUCGUAAUUUGUUUCGAUUGAAGGACGAUAUUGCAGAGGAAGUUUUACAGUCACUUAGCAUGCUUCUUAAGUUGCCACCUCCAGCUAUGUUCUUGUUUUCAAGACAAAUCGCGUAUGGCCUUCACGAAUUAUUGCGGACGAAUGCCGCUAAUGUUCAUCGCAAAGAACACUGGGCUCUUUUAUUUGCCCUUUUAGAGGCAUGCGGAGCUGGAGCUUAUGCAGAAGACCAUCUUCUUCAUUCAGAAUCAGUUAGUGGCAAACAUGUGCGUUCUGGUUCUGUUGUUUUUUUUUUAUCAUGGUUCAACACAUAUAUUCUAGGUUCGUUAUCAUCAUUUUUGGUAAUUUCUGAUGGAGGUGAUAGCACGCACUCAUUAACAAAAGGAACUAGUACAGAAUGGGUUUAUUUGGACCAUAAAGAUGGUGAGGGAGUUGCUUGCAGUAAAUUCUCCACUUGCAUUAUACACGAUCCACUUGCAUUUUUGAAAGUUGGCGAAACGUUAGCCUUUCUUAUCCGUGAUGCCGCACACAUUACCCCAGAAAAUUUCGACUCUGCAGUUCAGUGCCUUCGCGCAUUUAUGGAGGCAAGCCUUGAUGGCGGGAAAUAUGCUGCUGGCCCACUAAGUGGGGAUGUACAAAGUCAAUUCCAUAGUCUUCCUCGCGAAAGGUCGAAAAGACUUGCUACUGUUUGCUGUAGCGCAAUUUCUUUGCAAGCACUCGACCUUUGUCAUACUCUGCAUUCAAAGGCUGCUGGUAUAUAUCAGAGCUGGAUUGACGCUAGCCCUACAGCACUCUGGGUACAUUGUUGGCGUCCCUUACUCCAGUGUACCGCGCGCCUAUGUUGCGAUUGCCGUCGACAAGUCCGUACUCAGGCGCUGAACUAUCUUAUUAGGUCUUUUCUAAUUCCUGAGAUGCAAACGAUGAACCCAUCAGAUUGGGAGAAUUGUUUUGGUGAGAUCCUUUUUCCGCUUUUACAUAAGUUACUUGACAACAUUUCUCCUAUGGAUCCGCUGGGAAUGGAAGAAACUCGAGUAAGAGCAAUGCAGCUGGUGUCGAAAAUUCUUUUAAAUCAUUUAAAUCCUCUGAGUUCCUUGCCGUCAUUUAAAGUUCUUUGGCUAAAGCUUUUGGACGUUAUGGACAAAUACUUGCACACUGAUAGAAGCGACCUUCUGUCAGAAGCAAUUCCGGAGUCGCUAAAGAACAUGAUACUUGUGAUGGAUAGCACCGGGCUUUUUUCUUCUAUUCCAAAGUUAUACACUUUAACUACUACUCGAGUUAGUACUCUUCUUCCCGAACUCAUAGCUGAGGAGGAAGUCAUUGUGCAAUCUGGUGCAUCUAGUCCGAAUUAUCAUUUCCAGUCAGAGUCUUCGAGACCUUUGCCGUUGAAUGCGGCUACUUUUGGGUCUCCAUACAUUCAUCAACUAACGCAAGCGUACCAGAUUCCUGCAGAAUAUCCCACUGCCAUUUAUGAACACGUUCAAGAGGUGCCUUCUUUAGUAACGCAAUACAAUAAUUUUGGUUUGGGUCCUGAGAAUUCUGCUUCUUAUACUAGUGGUUUGACAUAUCAGGUUUGUAAUAGCUUCUUCACUUUUGAACGAGAUUAUUUUUUUGAUUUUCAGUGA